GAGGAAAUCAGAGAGCAACAGAAGAUCAUUCACAACCAGCAGCAGGGGAAGAUAGGACUGCUUCAUUCUUUACAAGAGCAGAAGCAGAAAGUGGAGCAGCUCCAAUACCGGCAGGAGCAGAUGAAUAUUGAACACGCUCAGCUCCUUUCAGCGAAAGACGAGGAGAUUCAGCAUUUGCAGGACACGAUAGAACAAAUGAAAGCCCGGUUGCCUGACAGCCAGCACAUUCCAACAGAAGACUGUGAUGAUGUGGAAGUCACAACCAGUCAGCCUCUUCCCAGAGAAAACGGAAGUGAAAAGCUUGAUUCACGUGAAGCCGAAACUCAAAGAUUAGUCCUAGGAAUCAAAGACCACGAACUGGAGAUGAAGCUUCUAACUGAACAGAACAUCCGACUGACGGAACAGAUCGAUCGGCUCUCCAAAGAGGAGAUUGGUAAACUAACUCAGAUUAUCCAGCAGAAAGACUUGGAGAUUCAGGGUCUUUCCAGCAGGAUCUCUGCAGCUUCUCACAGCCAGAACGGGGACGUGGAGCGACUUCAGCGGCAAUUUCAAGAGUAUGCUUGGAAAAGCGAAUAGGUCUUGGCUGUCUUAAAUGAGAAAACGAGGGAGAACAGCAAUCUGAGGACGGAGUAUGACAAAAUGGCAGAUAGGAUGGCUGCCACAGAAGCAGACCUCCGGCGGAUGCAAGAGGAAAAUCAAAAACUGUCCACUAGAAUUGACAGUAGUGGUCAGGAGAUGUUUAGAGAAACGAUUCAGAAUUUAUCACACAUUGUUCGAGGAAAAGACCUCGAAGUGGAUGCGUUAAGUCAGAAAUGUCAGACUUUAUUGACACUCCUGCAACCAUCCAGCCCUGGGAAUGAGGUUCGAGGCGUUACUAUGGAUCAGUUCAAGCAGCUUCUACAGGAACGGGACACAUUAAAACAGCGAGUGAAGAUCAUGGAAGAGUGGAAACAGCAGGUGAUGACCACAGUCCAAGAUAUGAAGCGUGAGUCACCCCAGCUUGAGAGAGAUCUGGCACAACUCCAGGCGCGGGCUUUCACCAGCAGCGAGAAGGAUUCUGAACUACAGACGACCUCUAGUGACCUGAUCCAGACGUACAAAGGCAAUGAAAUAAAAUUACAACAUUUAGAGAAGGAACUGGCACAAAUUCAGCUCAGCAUCGGGGAGCUUUGCAAUGCCAAGGAUCUCCUUCUAGGGAAACUGGACGUGAUUUUCCUCCAGCCCUCCUCCGACUCCUCAGAGUCAGCGGACUCUCUGGAGCCCAUGAAAUCUGACAGAGUGAGUGAGGCUUCUCAGUUGCUCCAAGCGGAGGUAGAAGAGCUGAGAAAAUCAAUGCAAGAAAAAGAUAGAAUGAUUCGAACCCUCCAGGAAGAUAAGCAGAGAUGGACUGAUUCCGUGGCUGCCACGUGGGAAGGAGAAGGCCAAGAACAGGAACACAGGGAUUCCGACAUCGAGCAGCUGAAGGAGAAACAGGCCGUUCUACAAAACUUCAUUCAGGAUCAGGAGCUCCGAAUCCAAGCGAAAAGUGAGGACUUGCUUUCUUUACAGGAGAACUUCCGUAGCCAAGUGAGUGAAAAUGAACUUUUGAGGCAGACGGUCACCAAUCUGAAGGAGAGAAUAGCAGAGUUGGAAAUGGAUGUGUGUCAACUGAGAGAGGAAAAUGCAAAAGUCGAGGAAAACUCU